GUACCCCUUUAAAUCAUGAAUUCAGUCAAAAACGUUCGCUCAAACCCCGCCCACUCGACUCAAAAGCGGAAGUGCGCUUUCGGAUUGGGAGGGACUGGGGACUGGCGUCACGUCCGCGCGAGAGCGAUACGCAGGAAAGGCUACGCGCAGUGCGAGCGUGAGAGGAUGGAGGCCGCAGAGCAGCAGCGGAGCUCGAGUGACGGCGCGCCCGCCAGAGGAGCGGGAGUCCCGGGCAGUGGGGGCGGAGCAGGUCCGGGAGGUGGCGCGGAAGGCGAGCGGGAUAGAGAUCGAGCUACUUUUGAGUGCAACAUCUGCCUGGACACCGCCCGGGACGCGGUCAUCAGCCUCUGUGGACAUCUGUUCUGUUGGCCAUGUCUUCAUCAGUGGCUGGAGACGCGUCCCAGCAGACAGCAGUGUCCCGUGUGUAAAGCAGGAAUCAGUCGAGAUAAAGUCAUCCCCCUGUACGGCCGGGGCAGCACCAGUCAGGAAGACCCCAGAUUGAAAACACCACCACGACCUCAGGGUCAAAGGACAGAACCAGAGAGCAGAGGACCGUUUCAGGGGUUUGGUGACGCAGGGUUUCACAUGUCUUUUGGAGUCGGGGCUUUUCCGUUCGGUUUUUUCACCACAGUCUUUAACACCAACGACAACUUCCACAGACGAGAUCCUCAUUACGGAGGCGAUCAUCAAGCCGACGGUAACGGCAACAACUGGCAGGACUCGCUCUUCCUCUUCCUGGCCGUCAUCUUCUUCUUCUGGCUGCUGAGCGUCUGAUGCCUUCUCGCUUCAGCCUGUCUGCGCUAGAAGCGACAGAAACACGUGCUUUCAGAAGAUCAGCUGUCUGUGUCUCACUCUCACACACACACACACACACACACACACACAUCAGUGUUGAGAGACAGUAUUAAUAAAACACUACAGGAGCUGACGAAGCGGCUCACAAAACAGCAUAAUUCACCCCAAAAUCAAUACAAUUACAUUGUGCAUAAAGACAAUUAUGAUUAAACACAUUUAAUUCCCAAAUUCUUAUCACUUUAAUGUCUUAAGUAGUUAAUUGUCAUGAAAAGAAUGUCUUAGUGCAUUUUAUUUGUUACAUAAAAAAUAGCUAUAGAAACAAGAAAUGCAAACCAGAAAUUAUUUUCCCGACAGUUGACAACAUUUAUCGUCUAAAUUCUUAUUUCUGUAAGUUGAGAUGUUCUAGUCUCUUUUAUUACUCUAAUAAUAUAUACUUCUUUUUUGCUGUUAUAGUAAAAAUAAUUGAGUGGGGGCAAAUGUUUCAUUAAGUAAGUAAAUAUCAGAAUGGAUAAAAUCGUAAAAGUUAAAAAGUAUUUCCUUUCUUGUGAUUUUUGGGAUGAAAUAUUACCCAGAUAUUUUGCCGCAGGUUUUGUGAGAUUCACCAUAUUUGUUCACAACUUUCUGUAGCAUUUCAUUGUCAUGCCAAAGAAUUUGUGUAAUGAAAUGAUAUACAUCAUGAAUCAAUGUUGCGCUAAGGGCUUUUCGACUUUGAACCCCGGCUUGUGGAUCGAUCCUUUCCCCCUCUUUCUCUCUCACUUCACUUUCUGUUUGCUCUACACGGUCCUAUCGAAAGACAAGACGCAGAAAAAUGAUGACUGAUGUCAUGUAUGUAGGGUUUAUUUCAGUACACGUGAAAGCGUUUGGGGACGUGUCACUUAUUGAGAUCCUUAAAUCUGACCGAUGAACAAAAACUAGUCCCUAUCAUACUUCUGUUAUAAAAGGGUGAAUCUCGUGAGGCCUUUAUGACCUGGACAUUUCCUAAUUUCAUCCCAAAACCAAAAGAAAAAAAAUGUAUAUUGUGCAGAAAGACAUAAAACAAAAGGAUCUUUUUUGAUUUUUAAGCCCAAUUUCAACUAAGCACAUUGAUGCAAAAAUGAUCACAUAUAUACAGGUAUAUGCAAAAAAUAUUGCUAAGAUUUGAAAACCUCAUAAUUAUAAUGCAUAUGUAUAUAUCUCAUUGCUAUGAUGCCAAAAUGUGAAUCUGCGUGUGUGUGUGUGUGUGUAUAUAUUUACAUCAUAGCAAUGAUGUUUAAUUGUUAUUAAAAUAAUUGUUUUAAAAA